UUGGAUGUGUUUGUAGUCUCGACCCUUUCAUCCACUCGGUGAAAAAAGAGCAGAAAGUAGCAGCAAAAACAGGGGCGGCAGGGACGUCAAAGAGCCAUGGUGCCGCCGUACGGCUUGCAACUCGCCUCUGAUCUCAUCUCCUCUAACUUCGGUGAUCUCGUCGCUAAAGUGUGCAGCUGUCUCCUCCGCAGAGGAACCCUACCCUUGACAAGCAUAAUCCAGUACACCGGGCUUCCUCGCGACAAAGUUAUGAACUCCCUUCUUGUAUUGAUUCAACACAACUGUGUUCAAGCCUUCGCUCAAGAACAACCAGGGGGUUUCGGAGAAGCACCGAAGGUUCAAACUCAGUACAUGGUCCUGUUUGAUAAUAUCAUCCAUCGUAUGAGGUUUCCCAAGUUCUUGGCAAUUGUAACAAGAGAACUAGAUGACCAAUGUCAGAAAGUACUUGAGUCGCUGCUUCAACAUGGUAGGCUUACACUCUCACAAAUUUAUGACAGAGCCAAAUCACAUCGAAAUGAAGAAAAUUGUGCUGCACAGGAUGCUUUAAGAGAGAGCCUUCUUAAGCUUUUACAUGUCCAUUUUGUGGAACGCUGCCCAGCCGGUGAACCAUUUCUUUCCCUGCCAACUGAGGAUGAAGAAACUCCUGCAAAGAAGCGAGGCACUAAGUCUGCCAAGAUUAUUGAGGAAUUCGAUACUACAGAGCGCCGUGCCUUAACAGCUGCAGUGCCUAUGGAAGCAAUGAGAUUCUCACUGAUAACAAAUACAGCAAUUGAUGAUACGGAAAAAAGUGAGGACAAUUCCCCUGGUGGUAUAACGGUUGGGGAGAAGCGCAAGCAUAAUGCUUUAGAGUCUGAUAGAGGCAUAGAGGCCUCUGAAAGUGAGAGAGAAAUUCUUUGGCGGCCCAACUUUGAGGAAUUUGUACGUCGUCUUAGGCAUAAGGCGUGCAUUGAAAAUGUGAGGAUACAGACGGGUGAUGCAGCUGCAACUAUUUUAACUGCUAUCCUGGAGGCAACCAGAAGUGCAGAGACAAAAGUAAAAACAGAAAGAACAGUUCCUUUGUCAUUGGAUAAUAUUUUUGAAGAAGUGAUGAAAAGCGAAGCUGGACGUAGUAUGACCAUGGGCCAUGUUGAUGCUUGUCUUGGCGAAAUAGAUGGUCAUCCAGGUGGAAGGGGGACAGAUGAUUUACGUAGCAUUGAUUUGAAGAAAAUUAUUCACGUAGCUCAGAAUGCCGAGGUGGAAUCCAUUGUCUUGAAAAGAUAUGGGAGAGAUGCUUACAGAAUUUUUAGGUUCUUGUCAAGGGCUUCUCGCCUAAUUGAGACUGAUAAGAUUUCAGAUACUACAUUUGUUGAAAAGAAGGAUACGGCUAAAAUUCUUCAUAAACUAUGGAAGAAUGAUUAUGUGCAUAUGGAGAAAGUACUUGUACAUGGAUCUAGACAAUCACAGAUUGUGUUAUGGAAAGUGAAUAAGCGCACUCUUUGGGAACAUGUUCUAGAUGAGAUGUACCAUGCUGCCUUAAAUUUGAGAAAAAGAGUAGCUUAUGAAGUUGAAAAAGAAAAGGAGCUUUUACAGCUUCCAAAAGACUCGCGCACUGAGCUACAGGAGAAAAGACAUAAGCGAUUGACAGAGAUCAGGGUACUGUUGGGAUCAUCCCUUCUGAAGCUUGAUGAUGCUAUCAUGCUUUUCCAUGACUUCUGAGUGUAAGUCUCAUUAGUGAUAAACUGAUAACAAACCAUUAGUACAAAAUGAAGGGAUGGAAUCUUUGGAUAUUCAACUGCCUUAUCAUUUCCUUCCUCUUGCUUUAUCUGGUUGAUGAGAGAAUGAGUGGAAAGAAAAGAAAGGUAUAGAACCUUUUUCUUUUUUAUUUUAUGAUUAAAAGCAUCAUUUUGUGGCAGUAGAGUUCCAGUUUCUAAUGCCCAACAUGAUUGGAAUCUGUAGGAUUCAAUUUUCAUUUUUUUCCCCUUCUAUCAACGACUAAAGACACUUAUUUUUUUGCCAUGAUUUUUUGCUUUCCAGAGCAUUGCAUGUAAGGUGGAACUUUCUAGCUCUAUUUUCAUGGACCUUUGAUGAACUGUAAACUUAAAGUUGAGCUAGCUCCUUUCACCCUCUGAGAACUGUAUAUUUGCCCAAACAAUGAAAGUGAAGGUUUUGGUAGCUUGAAGAAAUUAUAGAAGCCAGGCCUUGAAGACUGUAGCUACUUGAGAUGGUAAUUUGCAGUCAGGAGAAAUGUUCUGUUUUUGUAACAAUUUUUUUAGCAAAUGAUUUUAUGCGCAAUUUUGGGAUUACUUGGACAUUGGUUGCAUUAUAUUCUCAGGACAUAUUUUUGGUUGAUCAAAUUGAAUCCUCUCCCCAGUCGUAGAGGAUUUUAUUUUAUUUUAUUUUUAUAAUUUAGAUGUCUGAUAUUUUCCCAAUAAA